UACAUAAACAAGCGCGACAAGCGCUGACAAGCGCGUAAGAACAUAGACGCCGAUGUCGCUACGCCGACUUUCGGAAAUUUAAAUUGGCUCAAUACGCGUAGUUUCGAAUUGUGAGUGAGAUGGGUCGACGUAAGAGCAAACGAAAGCCGCCCAGUAAGAAAAAGGCCAUUCAACCGUUGGACACACAGUUUAAUUGCCCAUUCUGCAAUCACGAGAAGUCGUGUGAGGUUAAGAUGGAUAAGUCUAGGAGCACUGCUAAGAUAACCUGUAGAGUAUGCUUGGAAGACUUUCAAACGACAAUAAAUCUGCUAUCGGAACCUUUGGACGUAUACAAUGAUUGGAUUGAUGCUUGUGAGAAUGCUAAUUGAAUGUUAAUUAUAGUUAAUAUAUAAGACAGAGAUUUCUACAUAGUCUUUAACAAAUCUUGCUAUUUUUACUUACAUUUUUAUUCACAUCGUGUUUAAAAUUUUAUUUCAUGAACAUAAAUUGUAUUUCAUACAUGAAGCUGUACUUUCUUCAAUGUAAAGAAUGCUAAAUGUGGCUAUCUCAUCACAAAACUGUAUUAAAUGUACACUUAUUACUGUUAAUAAAAGUUAAUAAAAGUUGUUAAUCAUGAAGAAGUAACAAUUUAUAGCCACAUUUAGCACUAAUAUUUAGAAAGUCUAAAUCUUAAUAACAUUGUACUAUAGAAUAUUGAAUUUUUCAAGUAUUUGCAAGUACAUGUAUUGCUUAAUUACUUUAGUAUUAAUUAUACUUUAAUAUAAAUCUAUUACUUGUAAAAUGUAUUGUAUUGUCUGUAUAUAAUUUGAUUUCUCAUGUAUGGUAAAACAGGUGACAUAAGAUGCAUAAGUAUAUACAUUAUAUUCUAUUAAAUUGUAUAAAGAGGAA